GCCCUGAGCGAGCCCCCGGCUGCCCCUCCCGCAGCACCUGCCGUGCGACCGGCCGCCUCGAUCGCCCCAGGCACGGGCAAGUGCAUCAGCACGGGCACCCGCUCCCGGCCUGCCUGUUCGUCCCCGGGGCAUACCCGCAUCCGCUCCGGUCGCUGCCGGCUCCCGGCCCGGGGGAGGGCAGCGGCCUCUCCAUCCCGCCCGCCGGGGCUCGGGUCGGCGCCACGGCCGGGGAUGCCCAGCGCUCCGCAGGCGCCCGCGCGGCCCCCCAAAGAAGCCCCCGAGCAAGGACCCCGCGCUGGCCACGCCAUGGCGGGCGCUGGCGGGGACGCGGCGCAGGUAACGAGGGCCGGGGGGCGGCGGGGCCCCGCCACCGCUCCGAGAGCUCCCCGCCAUCGCGGGGUGAGGCUGUGCUGGAACCCGGGUAUGAUGUCCCUGGCAGAGCAUAAAGGGCAUUGUGAUGGGUUACAUCCAAGGAAUCUUAUCCCAGAGCUUUGUAGACUGUUUUAUGAUUUAGGUUGGGUAACAGGAACUGGUGGAGGAAUCAGCUUGAAACAUGGGGAUGAAAUCUACAUUGCUCCUUCAGGAGUCCAAAAGGAAAGAAUACAGCCAGAAGAUAUGUUUGUUUGUGACAUGAAUGAACAGGACAUCAGUGGUCCUCCACUGCACAAGAAAUUAAAGAAAAGCCAGUGCACACCACUUUUUAUGAAUGCCUACACUAUGAGAGGGGCAGGCGCAGUGAUCCAUACACAUUCCAAGGCUGCUGUUAUGGCUACCCUUCUUUACCCAGGGAGUGAGUUCUCUAUUACCCAUCAGGAGAUGAUAAAAGGAAUCCAGAAGUGUACUUCAGGAGGCUAUUACAGAUAUGAUGAUACACUAGUGGUUCCUAUUAUUGAGAAUACACCAGAAGAGAAGGAUCUCAAGGAGAGAAUGGCACGUGCAAUGGAAAAAUACCCAGACUCUUGUGCUGUCUUGGUCAGACGUCACGGUGUUUAUGUAUGGGGAGAGACAUGGGAAAAAGCCAAAACUAUGUGUGAAUGUUAUGACUACUUGUUUGAUAUCGCAGUGCAGAUGAAGCAGCAUGGGCUAGAUCCUUCAAAACAUCCAGCAGGAGAAAAUGGGAUCUUGUAAAUGUCAACAGCAUUUAUAUUCAGGUUUCUUACAUGAUAAUGGGAGUUCCAGCUUUCACCCCACAUUAUUGAAGCCAGAAGGGGGUGCUGAUCCUCAGCUGAUUGACAAAUGUCAAAGGAAGCAGGAACUUUUAACUGUUAAACGCACCCAAGAAGAAAAGGAGAGUUAAAAAAACUCUAACAUACUGAACAAUCAUUGCAAUUUACAAAUCCUGUUGAAUGCCACAGCAGGAGGAAUGAAAAUUCAGAUGCAAAAAUACUUUUGAAAAAGUUCAGAGAAAUAAUGUCGCAUUUUGGUUUUGUGCCUUAAAAAUUCAUAUUUCAACAACCUGCAUUUAUUGAUCCUGCUUAAUGCUACUUCAUUGAACUUGAAAUAAGUCUCUAAUUCUGAAAGUUAUUGUAGCUUUUAUUCUUUGGGAAAAAAGUGAGAACAACCCCUAAUUAGAAGUUAAUAAAGCUUAAAGCAUUGUUUCAACUGUUGAUUCCUUCCUUC